AGAGGAAGACCAGGAAAAAGGACUAAGGAGAGACAAGAGGAGAAGCUAAGGGGUGGGAUAAGGAGGUGGAGUAAGCAAGAUGGUUGUGUCUCAGGAGAGGAGAGAGGGUAGUGAGCAGGGAAAAUCUAAAAUUUGAGGAUGGGACAGUGAAAGAUGGGGUCAGUGGGAAAAGCGAAAAUUUUUUUAAAAAGUCACCAGACACGAAAUAUGAAUGCCUAGAAGAAGAAGACAGGUUGUAUUGGGAGAGGUGUGAAAUUUGGAGGGCAGUUUUAUGACAGUAAGGAAUUCAGAGAUCAAGAAACAAAGAGCAAGGAGAGUUGAGGUCUGGGGACCACCUCCAAAUACGAGACAUUCCCCUUCAUCUUAUUCUCUGUGUCACUUCAGGCAUCUUUCUUCGAAAUGGUGGCUGCUGCACCAUGCCCGAUGGCUAAAUAGGAUGGCAAAUGCAGAACUGAGUUUGACUGCGUUCAUAAUACAGCUAAUUAUGACCUUUCAUCAGCAAUGGGUAUACAUCUCUAAGAAAACCUUUUAUGAUCCUGUCUUGAAUAAUGACUACAUGAAUAGAAACUUCACCUUCGGGGGGCUCUGGGAUUACUGUACAACCCACUACUAUUACAACGAAAGUUCUGAAAAAGACGAUUCAUUCUACUUCUUUCUAGAGGUGGCCAAGAUAAGUUUCUUACUUUCUCUUGGUUCAUCCUUACUUCUCACCUGCUGGUUCCACUGUGUCUUCAAUCCAAUGGUAAAACACUCCCAUGUCUUCGACUGGAGUGGGGGCUUGGGCAGCUUAUUAACAGCCUGUUUUAUUUUCAUUACUCUCGUAUUAUUCGCUAUUCACCUCUGGCUCCAGGAGAUGAACAUGAAAAAGAGGUUGAUCUUUGGCAGGAGUUACUAUCUUGGCUGGCUGGUGUUCCUGAUAUACGUCCUAUGUGCCACCCUGUGUUUUCUUAACAGAGCUUCUUGGAAAGUGAGUCCUCAACCAUGGUCAUAAACCAACAGCUUUCAGUUGCCUUAUGAAGAGGAAAACUUGAAUGUCCUUUCUACUCUGGAGUCAACUUAAGGGCAGAGGGGAUCUCUUGUAUCCCGGAGAAUGACACCUCUCUUAAGGCUGCACUUCCUUUUGGUGCCCUGACUGGUCCUUGUCUUUGGAGAAAAGCCAAUCCCUUUUGUCCCUUUCCUCCAGUCUAGGACUUAGUUUAAUGAAAUAAAGUGUUGGUCUACAUUUAAACUGGAUGGUAAGCUGAAAGGGUAGAGGUGGGGAAGAAAGGAAUCAUAAACCUUAGAAUGAACGCUGCCUA